AAAAAUUCUUUCCUUUUUUUUUUGCGAACCAAAAUGUCCACUAAAAGAGCAAACUCAAGGAUUCCUGCAGCCCCUUCUUUCCGUAACGACAAUGCCUCUUCUGUUGACUCCAAUGCAACAGGCAGUAGACAACGUCAAUCCAAGAGAGACGAAGCCAUUAGAAAGAAGUUGGAAUCUGAGCUCUCAAAGAAAAAGACAGGAUCAAAGAGAGUUCGUCAAACCCGUAAAAUUGCUGGUACAGUGUCGGCACUCAGACCUUCUCAAGCGUUAACCGUCAAGGAAAAUAUGUUGGUUAUUGAAGCCUCCCAGUUGAUGGCAGCCAAGAGAAGUGAUUGUGUAUUGGUAGUGGAUGAUGAUGAUCAUUUAUGUGGUAUCUUUACCGCUAAAGACCUUGCCUAUAGAGUUGUCGCCGAAUCAUUGGAUGCCAGGGAUACUACCGUCGCUAAAAUCAUGACCAAAGGACCCAUGUGUGUUACUUCAGACACAUCGGCCACUGACGCACUUAACCUUAUGGUGACCCGUGGUUUCCGUCAUUUGCCUGUUUGUAAUGAGGAAGGUGAUAUUUUUGGUUUAUUGGAUAUUACCAAAUGUUUAUAUGAAGCACUUGACAAGAUGGAAAGAGCAUUUGGAUCAUCUCGUAAAUUAUAUGAUGCACUUGAAGGUGUAGAGAAAGAAUGGAGCAACAGUCCUAUUCAAUUAGUACAGUAUAUGGAAGCAUUACGUGAUAAAAUGGAAUGUCCAGAUUUGAAUUCUGUAUUGGAUGGAUUAGCUCCUGCUGAAGUUAGUGUAAAGACUAAUGUUCGUGAUGUUGCUCGUAUGAUGAAGGAUUAUCAUACAACAGCUGUUUUGGUCAUGGAUCGAGAAGGUUUGGCCGGUAUUUUUACGACUAAAGAUGUUGUGUUACGUGUCAUUGCUGCAGGUCUGCACCCUGAAAACUGCUCCGUGGUCCGUGUCAUGACGCCUCAUCCUGAUACAGCACAUCCUCAAAUGUCCAUCAUGGACGCUUUAAAGAAGAUGCAUGAUGGUCAUUAUCUCAAUCUUCCUGUGGUUGAAAACGGUGAUGUAGUGGGAAUCGUCGAUGUUUUAAAAUUAACAUAUGCCACCAUGGAACAAAUUAACAGCAUUGAGGGUAACGAUGGAGAAGGACCCAUGUGGGGAAGAUUCUGGGAUAGUUUUGGGGCUCAAGAGCAACAUGAUUCUGAAUCACAAAUAUCGGACCCAUUAUCAUCUCAAUUAUUAUCAGCCCAUUCUCAAAGUCUCGCUAACGGGAAUGUGACACGGGCCAUUUCACCUGAGCCCUCCGCUUCUUUCUCGCAAUUGCAUGGAUUCUCAGAAAUCACACCCAAUGAGUCUGCAAGUAUGGUCGCUAAUAACGAAGAAGGUCGCUCAUCCAUGUCCGAAGAUAGAAGUCAUAAUCAAUUGGCAAAGGAAGACGUCUUCUCCUUCAAGUUCACAACAGAAGGCGGAAAAACACAUCGUGUCGCUUCCGUAUAUGACAGUUAUGCAUCCCUAUUAGAAGCUGUGCGUCAAAAGGUCAUUGGGGAACAUUUAUCAAACACCGGAACAAAGAACGACGAUCCUGCAGAUUCUUGGUUGAGCAUCUCUUAUUUGGAUGAUGAGGACGACGAAGUUUUAAUGACAUCGGAUGCUGAUGUGUCCGACGCUGUGAAAUUAGCUCGCAAAAUGGGUCAAGAUCGUGUCAAGUUGUUUGUACACGACGCUACACACAAGGAAGAAGAAAUCAUAGAAGAUGUUCCUGUUGCCGUUGUCGAAGAGAUCCCUGAGCCCGUAUACGUGCCUCCUCCUCCCGUUAUUGAAGUGACAGAAGCAAAGGUGGAAGAGAAGAAGACAAAGAGACGUAGCUUAAAGAAAGAAGUGGUCAUUUCCUCUGAUGACGACGAAGAGUCAGAAACAGAACAAAACACUAAACAAAGCCCUAUUUCUGUUGCAGGUAUACCCCAAGAAUUAAUAUUACCUGCUGCUAUUGCUUUCUUGGGUAUUGUUAUUGUAGGUGUCUUUGCUAUUUCUCGUGUUAGCUCAAAAAAUUAGAUUGCCCUUUUAUUACAACAUAUUGUUACUUUAAAUUCGGACAAAUGGAAACAAAUAAAAAACAUGUUCAGACUAUUGUGAACCAUUUGAUUAAUGCUAGUCAGUUAUCCAACCCAGUUAAAUAAAUUCUGCUUGACCAUUAACAAGG